UUCUCUUCCAACAUAAUUUUAAUACUUUUAGUACAAAAAUGGGUUAUCAAACACUUGCAUUGUUUCUUUUAUGUUCCUUUCUAUGUCAACUUGUUUUCUCCUCAUUCUUACCUCAUUUGUGCCCGAGUGAUCAAGCCCUUGCUCUCCUACAAUUCAAGCAUAUGUUUGCCAUUAAUCCUAGUGCUUCUCAUGAUUGUUUCGACAUAACAGGCGAAUGGAUGCAGUCAUACUCGAAAACAUUGUCAUGGAACAAGAGCACAGAUUGUUGCUCAUGGGAUGGAGUUCAUUGUGACGAGACAACGGGAAAGGUGAUUGAGCUUAACCUCACUUGUAGCAAUCUUCAAGGCAAAUUUGAUUCCAACACUAGUCUCUUUCAACUCUCCAAUCUCAAAAGGCUUGAUUUGUCUUCGAAUAAUUUUUCAGGAUCGCUCAUUUCACCUAAAUUUGGUGAGUUUUCUAAUUUGACGCAUCUUGAUUUGUCACAUUCAGGUUUUAGAUUCGGACCUCACAAUUUAGAACUUCUCCUUAAGAACUUAACCCAAUUAAGAGAGCUUGACCUUUACGGUAUGAGCAUCUCUUCCACCUUUCCUCUGAAUUUCUCUUCUUAUUUAACAACUCUACGACUUAGUGACACACUAUUAUGGGGGAUACUGCCCGAAAGUGUUUUUCACCUUUCAAACCUGGAAACACUUGAUUUAUCAUACAAUCCCCAACUCACAAUUAGGUUUCCCACGAUCAAAUGGAAUAGCAGUACAUCUCUCAUGUACUUAUCUCUACCUGAAGUGAAUUUUAUUGGUAAGAUACCCGAAUCAUUUAGCUAUCUAACUUCAUUGCAUUACUUGGAUAUGAGAUCUUGUAACCUCUCAGGUCCUAUUAUUAAACCUCUUUGGAAUCUCUCCCACAUACAAAGUUUGUAUCUCAGAAAUAACCAUCUUGAAGGACCAAUUUCCCAAUUCUUCAAAUUUGGAAACCUCAAGUUGUUAUCACUUGGAAUUAACAACUUUUAUGGCCAACUUGAUUUUUUAUCCUCCAACAGAAGUUGGACUCAACUUGAAGUGUUCGAAGUUUCUUCCAAUUCCUUAGUUGGUCCAAUUCCUUCCGAUGUAAGUGGUCUGCAAAGCCUACAAUCAUUGUUCUUGUCAUCAAACCACUUGAAUGGGACUAUACCAUCAUGGAUAUUCUCCCUUCCUUCACUAGAUGAAUUAUACUUGAAUGAUAACUAUUUCAGUGGAGAAAUUCAGGAGUUCAAGUCCAAAACAUUGUGGGACGUUACUCUAAAACAAAAUCAGUUGCAAGGUCCUAUUCCGAUGUCACUCCUAAACCAACAGAGCCUAUCUUAUCUUCUCCUUUCGAAAAAUAAUCUUAGUGGACAGAUUGCUUCAGCUGUCUGCAGUCUAAAAGCCUUGACAGUGCUAGAUCUUGGAAGUAAUAAUUUGAAGGGAACAAUCCCACGAUGUUUGGGUGAGAUGAGUGAACUUUGGGUUGUUGAUCUAAGCAACAACAGUCUUAGUGGGGCAAUUAAUACAACAUUUAGUAUAGGAAACACGCUCAGAGUCAUUAAAUUGCACGGGAAUAAGCUAGAGGGGGAAGUCCCACGAUCUUUGGUCAAUUGCAAGAGUUUGGAAUGUCUAGAUUUAGGUAACAAUGAGUUGAGUGACACAUUUCCAAAAUGGUUAGGAACCCUACCGAAUUUGAAGAUUUUAAGCUUGAGAUCAAAUAAGUUCCACGGGCCCAUUAAAACUUCAAGGGCUGGAAACUUGUUUGUACAUCUUCGAAUAAUUGAUCUAUCAUCCAAUGGAUUUAGUGGGAAUUUACCUAUGAGCCUUUUUGAGGAUUUGAAAGCUAUGAAGAUAAAUGAUGAGAUCACGAAAAUCCCACAGUAUGUGGGAGAAGACUUGUAUUAUCAUUUUUCUGAAACAAUUACAACAAAGGGGUUGGAUCUUGAAUUUCGUGGAGUUUUGACUACAAACAUAGUUAUCAAUCUCUCGAAGAAUAGAUUUGAAGGUUGUAUUCCAAGUUCCAUUGGAGAUCUCAUUGCACUUCGUACUUUGAAUUUAUCUCAUAAUGGCUUGGAGGGUGUCACACCAACUUCGCUGCAAUACUUAUCUGUACUUGAAUCAUUAGAUCUCUCAUUCAACAAAAUAAGCGGAGAAAUUCCACAACAACUUGCAUCCCUCACAUUUCUUGAAGUCUUAAAUCUCUCUCACAAUCAUCUUGUUGGAUGCAUCCCUAGAGGAAAACAAUUUGAUACGUUUGAGAAUAGUUCAUACCAAGGGAAUGAUGGGUUACGUGGAUUGCCACUGUCAAAAGAUUGUGGUGGUGAUGAAGGGGUACCACAAACAACAACUCCAUUUGGGCUUGAUCAAGGAGAAGAAGGAGACUCAACAAUGAUCAGUUGGCAGGCAGUUCUCAUGGGGUAUGGUUGCGGUCUAAUUAUUGGAUUAUCCGUAAUAUACAUAAUGUUAUCAACUCAAAAUCCAGCAUGGUUUUCGAGGAUGGUUGAAGAAUUGGACCACAAGAUUAUUACGAGAAUGAAAAAAUACAAGAAAAGAUAUUAGUGUGCAA